AGAGAAUUACAAAUAAAUUUAACCAUUCUGAUAGCUACAGGCUCAGAGCCGCUUGGAAGCGUAGUAUUAAGUAUUGCACUUUAAUUGCAUGCCUUUUCAAGUUAUCAUUUGAUAAUUAACUGUGACUAACCCAACCGAUAAUUAUCGUUUAGGUACUGCAUAGUCUCAGGCUAGCACAGUCUGUUGUAAUUUUCAUAAUCACAAUCCCUACGUGUUAAAUUGGCUGCUAUAAAUUUCCACGUGAUAAGCCAACUUCGUUGAGCUAUCGUUCUGAGAAGUGCGUAUGUUUGAACUUCUUUCGCACAGUACGUAGCCAACUGUGCUAAUCGGAGGUGCUCAUCUAAGUAGAAUAUGGAGUACAUUUUUAUGAAACGUAUGUAACAAAAGUUGAAUUUCGUGUGGGUUUUUUUAGUGAUAGGAGGAAAUCGGAGAACCAGCAGGAAACCCAUGCAGAACAGGGGGAGAGAACUUACACACUCCACACAGAAAGGCACCCGAGUCGAACAUCUAACCCAGGCCCUUCUCGCUGUGAGGCAUGAGCGUUAGCCACCGUCGCCCGUGACUCUCAAAAGGCGACUCGCGUGUAAACCAUACCGAGUGACACUGACACGGUACGAGUGUGCGCUACGUGGGCUCUCUCGCUCGAGUCGGCGCGGGUUCCGCUCGGGUCGGCGCGGGUUCCAGCCGGGCCGCCCUUGCUCAGAGUGGCGGUCCGAGCGGCGAGAUCCCGCAGCCUCCUCCCCUCCGCGCCGCGUCCUUCAAGGCGCGUUUCUUCUGCUUCCCACGGCACGGUGACCCCUCCUGUCACCCACUCGCGCUGCUCCCCAGCCAGCCGGCCUCUACUCCCCGGCGCCUGCCUGCUCUGCCCACCCGGCCCCAGAAGGCGACUGUGGCUCUCAACGCAGCUCGAAGACUCAAGGCUACAGAGCAGCGCGUAUCAUCAUCAUCAUCGCACGCGUCUUGAGUAUUUUUUUGUUAAUUUCUCUAACAUGUACGUGCCCACGUUCGUGUUCUUGCCACUGGCAGCGUCAGAUCGAGACUGCAGUGGUUUUUACACGGAGGCGGGUGAGUGGCACCUGGGCUUCGACUGCCCAUGGCCCCAGCACUGCUGUGGAGACUGCCACGCUCGCUACUGCUGCACCACGGCACUGGAGGAACUGCACGAGGAUGAGCAGAGUUGGUGCAACUUCUUUGUGAUCAGCCCCAGCAUUAUCGCGGGCAUCACGCUGGGGCUUUUCCUGCUGAUGCUCAUCCUCACCCUCAUCUGCUGCUGCACCUGCUCGGGCUGCGUACUCAGCCAGAUGCGCCUCCGCCGCCGCUCAUCCUCCUGCUCCAGUCACUGCGAUGCAUCAUUGUAUGGUUCCCAUGCCGGGUCCUUCAGCAGCCUCACCAGAACGCAAGCCCAGAGCCAGCCGUCCAGCCAGCACGCGGGCAGGCAGUUGCAUGGAGGCUACACAGUGGUCCCGGCCAACUCUCAGCUUGUCUCACCCGCAGAGCUCACGCCCAGCCCGCAAUCUGAAACCCCCCCGCUCGUCUCUACCACGUUCGUAGGGGGCUUCUCCGGUGGACUGGUUCCGGAGGGUGCCACCGUGGUACAUGCCGUGCGUGCGGUCACCGAGUAUCAGUUCAUCGUGGGGCCGCCGCCACCGUACGACGAGUCUGGUCGGCAGGGCACGCAGAUUUAGCAAUGCUGCGGUGGCGAAGUGGUAACACUCGCACCUCUAUAGCAAGAAGGGUCUGGGGUUGAUACCCAACUCGGGCGCCUUUCCGUGUGGAUUUAACACGUAGGGCUUUCGUGACAAAUAUUUUCUGUAAUAAAGUUUUUUGGGUUACAUCGCGUAAAUAUAAAUAUCGUAAACCCACCUCCACCCGGCACAGACAAUUAGUAAAGGUUGUCACGUGAACUUCAGCACACCGGUGUGUUGGAGAGUAAACCCACAUUUACAAAUUGAACUAACGUUUCGUUGGUGAUUACAACCUUACUCAAUGGCUGUGUUGAUGUAAAGCCUUCAUUAUGAAUGUGUGGAGUUUAUGUUCUCCCCUGUGUUCUGCAUGGGUUUUCUCUGAACACUCACUUCUUUAGAACUGAUUUUUGUGUUUAGUUUGAUGUCCAUCCCCCGCACCUCCGAUUAGCACGGAUGGCUACAUACGGUGCGAAAGAAGUUCAACAUACAUACAAUGUAACUGGUAUUGAUUGGACAAAACAUCUCAAUGCUGAAAAAUUAUCAUCAAAUUGCUUGAUUUGGGUUACACACAGCAGCAACAUCGCCGCGGACUGCAAACACUUUGCAGAACCCUCCUGAAAAAGCUGAGGCUCAGUGAAGGCUUUCCAGGGUAAACGAGUGGAUUAACAAUAACACACGAGUAUAAAGAUUGCUAAAUUACCACAAAUACUUUACACUCUCGGCAUGCAUUGCUGACGGCAAUUCCACCGUAAUGAUUGGCGUGGAUGAAGAUUUGGAGAGCAAGGAGUUGUUUAUUUACAGAGUAAGAGGACAAAUUGACAAGAAUUCAUCACCUGCAACAAACGAAAAUGCAACCGAGUGCGUGAUUUCCAAAGGCGACCGAGAAUGUAUCUACCAAAGCAUUACCGGUGACACCUUUAGCUUCCAGGUGUCCCGUGUCAUCAUCAUCAUCAUGUGCAUGCCCCUCAGGGAGUAGCAGUCCCCACGAGGCGCCACCAAGCAACCCUAUCCUGCUCUAGCCGCCACGCUGAAUACAAGCCAAGGCCGUGGUGUCGAGGAUUUAGCUUGUUUGGCUACGUCUGGUGGUGGGGUGGAGGGUCUUACGACAUACAUUUUGCCACAUUACGUGGCCUAUUUUCAAACAUCAAUUGCAAAAGCUGGCAGUUUAUGUAUAUUAAUUUACCACCUAAAGAAAACAUAAACGAUAUAAACAUAGUAUUUGUAGGUGACCUUCAACACGCGUGUGCAAUAGUAAAACGAGUGCACAGCUUCCAGCACAGCUGUGGAGCUGAGCCGGGAGCAGCGCUGCGCGUGCCCCGGCACCAGAGCCAAGAGUCCACGUGGCCCACGCGUGGAUUGGGCCUUCGUGUUUCCCACCACAAGGGCCGUGCAUAGGAGGGUGUGGGACCCGGGGCAAAUCCCACUGUGGGCCCCCCGACGCCUUCAAACUAAACCGGGAGUAUUACAUCACGCCACGUGACGUGAAAGCCCCCCCCCCCCCAAAGCGCCCUUCCCCUCCGCACCAAAAGCGCGGGGCCCGGGGCGGCCGCACCGAUUCGUCGUGUACCCUAGGGACGGCUCUGCCCCGCCACUCAUGCUGCACAGCUAUGACUGGAGUUGCGAUAUGAUUUGAGGCUGUAUACAAAAGCGCAUGAAUGUACAAUAUAAACGUGUACAACAAUUCUUGUACGUGUAUCUGUCCUGCAAACUGCGAAUGGCUCAUUAAAUCAGUUAUGGUUCCUUUGAUUGCUCGACUGUUGCUUGGAUAACUGUGUUAAUUCUAGAGCUAAUACAUGUACAGUGAAUAUAAAAAACACGUGUUUGGACAGGGGGAACCUCACU